AGCUCUUUCUUAUUUAUUUUCUCUCAGAAAACUUUUCUUUCUCCAUUAAUUUCAAAGCCUGCUUUCACACUUUUUCUCAAACCGUCCUAUUUCCCUCUCUUUCUCUAGCCGCCUCAAAAUCUUUGGUUCACAAAGAAAAAGAAACAAAGACCCUUUCCUCUCAUUCUUUCUUCCCAUCUUUCUCCCUGUGAUUCUCUUAGCUUGUUUUCUUGGUUUGUUCUGAUUCUUAGAUCAAAACCCCAUCUUUUCUUUUUAUUUUUCUUGCCUCACUUUGUUGUUUCAUUCCGAUUCGUUGCCGUUGUUCUCGUUUUGUUCUGAUUCUUAGAGCAAGAUCCCACCUUUUGGUUUGGACUUUGGUCUGUGCUUGUUCUGUUUUGGCUGAUUUUAGUGAAAGCAAAUUUUUCUUUUUGUCAAAUUAAAAGAUGGGUUUUUCAAAGAAGUCCCAAGUGGAUGGAGGCCUAGAAUCCGAAGGCAAGAAGUGGGUAAUCGCCGGAAUCUCAGUACGAACCUCGUUAAAGCCGAUAAACACGAAACCGAGAGCUAAAGAAAGCGAAGCUGGAGAAGAAGAAGACGCAUCUUCAACAACCCCAACAGCCAAAGAAGCCAGAAUACCUGAGAUUUUUUCAUGCCCGCCAGCCCCAAGAAAAAGCCGGCCUCCUUCAAGAUGUAACUUCAGUGGUGUGAGGGAGUUCUUUACCCCACCUGAUUUGGACUCAGUGUUCAAACUCCAUGUUGAGAAGGCAAAUUGAGUUGACAGUAGGCUACCAAGACCAAAGAAUUAGAGCAGAGAUUAGGAGUUUUUGUUGUGUUUUUAUCUAUUAAUUUUACCCUUUUAGUUUAACUCUCUGCCUUCCCUGUAAUGGGUAGCUGAUAUUGUACAAAGAUAUAAUAUUUUUAUGUAAUGGGUAUUUCAGUUUAGUUUA